AUUUUCAGUGCGCGAGCUGAGAGAGAGAGAGAGAGAAAACAAAACAACCCACCGAGAAACUUUGUUUUGCACGUCGGAAGUGAGAGGAUGUUUGGAGAUAUUGUCCGAAACGCAGGGAAACUUUCAUCGUUUCCAUUUUUCCUGGUGAUCAGUUUAAAGUGUUUCUGAGGUUUGUUUUUAUUUUUAUUUUUAUUUCACGCGCCCUGGAGAGAGAGAGAAAUAAAUAAAUACAUAAAUAAAUUAAUAAAUAAAAAAGAUGGACGGUUUGUUUUAUAAUGAAGCUUUGGAUGGUGGUUUAAACCAUCAUCUUCAUCAUCUUCAUCAUCAUCAUGGGAGCGGAUACGAAGCCGUGACGCGCAACAUGAGCCUGAAUCUGUCGGACGCGCCGCACGACGCGCUCACACUCACGUCCCCGGACCUCCAGCUACUGAAGCUCACGUCCCCGGAGCUCGAGCGACUCCUCAUUCAGACGUGUAAUGGUUCAGCUCCUUCGACCCCGACUUCCGGUCAGGCGCGCACUUUCUCCGCUCCAAAACAAACCACGGACGAGCGCGAUGCCUUCGCCUUAGAGGAGUUUCAGUGUCACCAAAGGAUGUGUACUAACCCCAGUGAUGUCCCAGCUGUGGCUACGGGACCGUCUCACGCGUGUUCCGGUUUCGCGGAGCACGUAAAUCACACGUGGGACACGUACACCGACGCGCCGCUCUGCGCGCCUCCGCGUUACAGCUGCGCGCCGGGGCACAAAGACGAGCCGCAGAAAGUCCCGGAGACGCCGCCGCUGUCUCCCAUCGACAUGGAGGACCAGGAGAGGAUUAAAGCCGAGAGGAAACGCAUGAGAAACCGCGUGGCCGCCUCCAAGUGCCGGAAGCGGAAGCUGGAGCGUCUCGCGCGGCUGGAGGAGAGAGUGAGCCGGUUAACGGGGGAGAACGGAGACCUGCGCGGCGCCGCGGAUUCGCUCAGAGACCAAGUGACGCAGCUCAGACACCAGUUACUGGAUCACAUCAAGAGCGGCUGCAAACUCCUCAGUCAGCAGCUGCAGACUGUUAAAGAGUUUUAAAGACGCGGUUCGUCUUUUUCUUUUUAAACGAGUUCAGAAAUACCUUAGACUUACACACACAGACACAGACACACACACAUACACAGACACACUCUCAGUGCUACUUUAUCCGUUUCCUUUCAGCAUUCUGUUUACAUUGUUUUCUUCCCUAAACUGCACCUUACUCUGCACAUGUACUGUAGUUACUCAGCAGUGACUUGGACUGAACUUUACAGAAUCUCCAACAGGUGUCUAAAAUGACAUAUCGCUCCUUUAAUCAGAUUUGCACUGUGAUUUUUAAAACUUGUCUUCCAUCCUGAAAGGAAGUCAUUUUGCAGGGUUCAGGGUCAGAGUUCAGGGUUCCUCUGGUUUCCUCAUGACAAUAUGCAGGUGACACUAAAUUGCCCCAUGGUGUAUAUAUGUGUAUGUGUGUGUGUGCGCAUGCCUUAUGUCCAAUCCAGGGUGUAUUCCCACCUCAGGUCUAGUUUUUCCCUGGAUAUACCCCAGAUUCACUAAAACCCUGACCUAAGCACUUAAUGAAUAUACAUGAACUUUUUUUUUUUUUUUUUUUUACUUGGUCUCAUCUUUCUUUCCCCUUCACUUGUCUUUUUACUAAUAUACAGUUUUGCACUGUUUUUAGGUUUUCUACAAACUUUGUCCUAAUAAUAAAUAAAUAAAUAAGUAUUGUAAACAUAUUUUAUACUAUCAUUCAACCUGUACGUAGGGUUUGUUUUUGGCCACCUCACAUCCUGUAGGAUGAAUAAACAAUGACGUGAUGCUCCGUGUACGAAAGCAACUGUUACACACUUUCAGUGCAGCGUAAUAAAAAGAGCUUCUUCAAA